UCCACUCCAUACAUAGCUAAGAGUGCAAAAAAAAAAAAAAAAAAAAAAAUCAAAAUAUUGUUGUCAUGGGGUUUCUUGAUAUCUCCACCAUUCGCAUUUCAAAACCAGUACUAGUUUUGUUGCUGUUUCAUCAUGUGGUUAUUGCUAACUCUUCCUACUCUUCGCAGAAGCAGUAUCCAUCUUGCCCUGAUGAGGAGAAGUCCGCCCUGCUGCAAUUCAGAGACAGCUUUACUAUUGACAAAUCUGCUUCUAGAUCUCCCGAUGCUUAUCCAAAGGUUUCAUCAUGGAAACCAGCUGAAGGAGGAAAUAGCACCUGCUGCUCAUGGGAAGGUGUCAAGUGUGAUGAGAAGACGGGUCAUGUGAUUGGCCUAGAUCUUGGUAGCAGCUGUCUCCACGGCUCUAUCUGUUGAAUAGUAAUCUUGUCUUAGGCCCAAGACAAGUGAUCCAACCCAAAACCAAUGAGAAAAUGCUAGAAAACUCUAGCAAAGAAGGUAGAAAGUUGGAAAAGUUUAAGAAAAUCUAGAAAAAUGGUUUGUAUGUAGAAAAGGCUAGAACCAUCAUAAAUGUAUAGGUUAUUAUGUAAUGCCCAUGUCGGUGGCAUGCAUAACAAGCUAGAAUAAUCUAGCAAAUGCCUAGGUUGGUGUAGUAUGUGCAUGUUCAUACACUAGAAAACUCUAGUGAUGGCAUAGGUCGGCAAACAUGCCUAUAAAUAGGUGUAUGUGUGUGAGUUGUGAAGCAAGAACUAAGAAGAAGUGAGAGCAAGUAAGAGAGCAAGAAGUGUGAGAGUGUUUGAGUGUUUCCUCUUGUACUAAGUUUGUGUGAGAAUAAAAAAAAUUUGUAUAA